AUGGAGAAGUUCGAGGUGAGCAAGGCGGUGGAGGUGUUCGGGACGAUGCGGCAGGUGGUGGUGACGGGCGCGGGCGCCGACACGCGCGGGUUCAGGGUGCCGUGGCCGAGGGGCACGGCGGUGUUCGAACUCGCGCACGAGGACGCGCACGCGUUCGCGCAUGAGACGCUCAAGGCGGUGGGAGCCAAGCCCGCGAAGGGCUCGUCGCACAGGCGCGUGCGCUGCGACCCGACGUCAUCGGACUACCGAUACGGCGACAUGGAGGAGGCUCUGGUACGGGCGGGAUACGCCCCCGACGUCCCCUCCGUGUGGGUGCUGCAGGACGUGGGUUCGGUGGACAUUCGAAAGUGGAACGACCUCGUCGAGGAGAUCGGCGACCUGAUGUGCGCCGGGAGCGAGAUCGUCGCGCACGCCCCGUCCUCAGGGUUAGGGGCCCAGGGAGCGUCCUUUGGCGCCGCGCUGGUCCGGGGCUUGGCCGCCGCCGGGACGCUGGCGCGGGCGUACACGGCGGGGGAGCUCGGGUGCGAGGAGGUGGACGGGGGGGCGCUGGUGGGUCAGGUGGGCGUCGUGCACGGCGUGAAGCAGAGGCCGUCGAGGCAGGAGACGGAGUUUUACCGGGAGCAGGUUUGGCAAAUCGAGAACGAGGACGGGGACGAGGAGGGGUUCUCGUUCUAG